GCCUUUGGGUUUAAAUUUCUUUAACAUUGCUAGGUCUAAAGAAAAAUGCACUGAAUUUUCAACUGUUAACAGCAACCAAAACUCUUUCAGUACAGACAGAUUUAGUUUAUAAUGUUAACAAAUUCUGUGUGCUUCACUUCCAGAAGGGAGAAGCAUAAACAGAGAAAGUUAGUGUGCUGUUGUUUUGUAAGUGAUGGCAUAAACACCCUGGCAUCCAAUCCUUUCUUGUGUGUGUUCAGCAAUUCAUCAUCUGCUGUCAGCAGCUUUAAAGGAAGUUCUUCCAACUUCACAACAAACAGAAACCAAAGAAGGUCUUCCUUUGGGAGCAUCUCAACAAGCUUAAAUUCUUCAAAAGGACAGUUGGAGGACUCUACCAGUGGUAGUUUUAAAAAGAUGAGCGUGCCUGACCAGAUUGGCUCUACAUCAUCUGUUAAUAGUAGCCCACUUGUUAGGACUAAAUUUACAGGUACGGACACAUCCAUUGAAUAUUGUACACGGCCUAUGGAAGAUGUAGAGCAGAACACAGAUUCUGGGAGCUGGGAAGAUCGGCCAUCCACACCUACGAUACUGGGUUAUGAGGUGAUGGAAGAAAGGGCAAAAUUCACUGUUUACAAAAUACUGGUAAAGAGAAGUUCAGAGGAAAGUUGGGUGGUUUUCAGAAGAUACACCGACUUCUCCAGACUUAAUGACAAGUUGAAAGAUAUGUUCCCAGGUUUUCGAUUGGCACUUCCGCCAAAGCGCUGGUUCAAGGAUAAUUACAACCCUGACUUCCUGGAAGAUCGACAGUUGGGAUUGCAAGCAUUCCUGCAGAAUUUAGUAGCUCACAAAGACAUUGCAAAUUGCCUCGCAGUGAGAGAGUUCCUUUGUUUGGAUGAUCCACCAGGUCCAUUUGACAGCCUAGAAGAGAGUAGGGCUUUUUGUGAAACUCUGGAAGAAACUAAUUACCGUCUACAAAAAGAACUUCUUGAUAAACAAAGGGAAGUGGAAUCACUGAAGAAAUUAUUAAAUGAAAAACAACUUCAUAUAGAAGCUAUAGAAAAGAAAAUUAGGGAUUUCUCCUUAGGAAAAUCGAAGACUCGUAGAAUGUCAGGAGAAGAGAGUGAGUGCGGUGGCGAGGUGGAGUCUUCUGCCAUAGAGGCAGACCAGGGUGAACUGGCUGAGGACACUUGCUCCGAUAAAGAGACUCGUGAGGCAUGCUGGAGUGGCUCGUUGGCUGAAAGUUCUGUGCCAGAAAUUGAAGUUGCUGAAGUAGCGUAUACUGCUGAUGAAGAGGAGUAAAUCAAUAGCAGCUGCCGUUACCUUCAAAUGUUUCAUAAUGUUUGGAAUAGACUCCGUGGGUAAAAACAUAGUAGCUGAAAAAAAAAAAAAAAAAAAAAUUACAGCACCAGGCAAGAAUGCACCAAUUGAAUGUUUACAUAAACAAAUCCUUACAAAUUAUUGAGAUAAGAAAUAUACUUAUUGAUGCUUUUGAUUCAGUUUUUAUCUAGCCUUUAUAUAUUUAAUAUAUUAAAGUCUAAUUAGGGCUAAAUUCAGCUAUGCCUAGACUCUUAAAUACUGUACAUAGAUUAUAAUGAUUUGCCACUGCAGUGGCUAAAGCUAUAUAUGUGUAUUCACCAAUCACGUUACUCAAAGAUGUGACAUACUUGUGCAUCACGUUUGCCACUAAUGUGACAUUUGAAGUGUUCAUCUCUUUGGUGUUUGAUUUUUUUUCAAAUUCUUAUAUAGCCAUUAAAUAAUACUCAUGGAAAUAAAGGUGAAUGCAAAUUAGGUUAAAUAAAAGUAUAGAAUAUAUCGUGUUUGUUUUUAAAGGUCUAAAUAAAUUUUAAUGCCAUGAAAUAGGAAGAUUUACAUUACCAAAAGAAAGGUAUUUAUGAAAUGGAAAGGAUUGGCCAUUUUAAUAAAAAGCUAGUAAUCAUUGUUGCUGAAAGCACUAACACGUGAGAACCUGAGAACCCAAAUACACUGUCUGUUCACCCACCAAUAUCAUGUUAUAAUAGUUGAUUUAGUUCAGGAAUGCUUUUUUAAAUCUGAUGUUUUUGCUGCAUACCCAUGUAAUGAUAAUGAGUUUUAUCAAGAACACUACCUCUUACCUUCUUGCUAAUGCAUACAUGAUUUGUUUAAAAAUUAUUCUAGAUUAUACGGAGAUAUAGAAUGAUUUGUGAAAGCCAUAUUUUUUUCUGCACAGUAGCUAGGUUGAAUCUAGUUGCAAUGUAUUUUUGUUUCAAUAUAUUUUACACAUGGGAAUGUUGCUACAAUGCAUUCUACAGCCUAUUUUUCACAACGUAUUAAGCCAGGUGAUGCACUUUAUAAUAGACUCCUUUGUGCCAAGUUUAAUUGGCUAAUUUCUUUUGAGAGGGGGAGUUGCAGGGAGAGGAUUAUGUAGUGCCUUUUUGUAUUUUACUUGUUCAUUACUACAGAAGUUUGUUACCAUACUGUGGGCCAGCUUUAUGGAAUCGUUAAUACAGCUUGUUUGUUCUGCACCUAUUUACUAAAAGUGCCUUGUUUUCUUCUGCUUUUCCAACUGGAAGAAUGCUUUUCUGUUUUCAUCUUUUUUUCUGUACCACCCACUUCUUUGUUUAAUGCUGUUAAUAUGCAGUAUCUUUGUGCUGGAGUUUUCAAAGUUAGCUUUGUAUUUCAGGCUGUACAUACAAUGACCUUUAUGCAGAACUGUUUGAAACCUCCUGGAGAAAUAAAACUGUGGACAUCGCACACAUUUUCUCUCUUUUUUUUUUUUUUUUCCCCCUGUUAAUAGAAACAUUUUAAAUACCCAGUGAGCAGAAUUUCAUGAAAAGCAAAUCCUGGAUAUCUCACUUCAUACAGUUUUUUAACAUUAAGUCUCAAUUCUAGUUGUCAUCUUUGCAUGAAAAUGAAUGAAUGUUGCAAAACAUUAGAAAAUUGACUGUGUGUAUGCUGAAGGUAAAAGAGACAGGUAAUCAGUUUUUGUAUUCUUUUGGACUCUGAUAGGCUUCUAGAGGAUUUUGUAAACUAUUACAUGUUCCUGGAACAUUAUAUAGAAACUAUGCAAUUGUCAAAUCCCAUUGUAAGUUACGUACUGUCUUAAACAGGACUAAGCUGUAUAUGUUAAAAUAAUUUGGCUUUAAAACAAAUGUUUGAAACAUUU